AUGCUCGGCAAUCUGAAAAUGAUGUAUCCGCUGUGGAAGAGAUCUGCCAAUUUCACUGUGACAGUACUUCCUGCGUGGUUGAACUGUUUGCCUUUAAGAAAUGAUGUCAUUGAAGCCAAAGUGGUUCAUGAUCAGCUCUGUUCAAUGCAAGAUGUGGACCGUUUAGGACCCAAUAACCAGUAUCUUCCGAAAAUCUUAAUAGUGUUUGCGGAGGUGCUUACAGGGAAAGAUGUGGUGACAGAAGAGACAGCAGGUCGAAUGAUAAAUAUACUAAGGCAACUUCAGCAGACACUGCCACAAUCGGCGCCGAAACCUGAGCAGCAGCUGGGUCUCCAAUCCAUGCUUUCCUCCUAA